CCUGUGCCUUCGGCACUGCUGGGUGCUCCAUGCUUUUCCAAGCUGUUUAAGGCAGCCAGGAUCGAGGAAAUCCUCUUCGCAAUGUGCCGAGAGGCUGUGGAAACAGGGAAUCACGCAGGAAUUCUGUAAUCCCAUCUACUGCGAAUGAGAUUUUGGCUUAAUAAAUGGAUCACCACAGGUAGACGACUCUCAGAAUCCACGGAGAAAGCAAAAAACUGUGGGAAAGUGUGAGCUGGCCUCAGGGAAUAGAUUCUAGGUCUGACUUCAGCUUUCUGUAAAGAAAAUGGUGACACAUGAACUUAAGCGAUAAAGGAAAACAUGAAAAAGAUAUAUAUUGGGAAAACAGCAUUAAAAAACGCCAGAAACAGUGGUAAACAUCAGAAAAAGAGCUUCUUGCAGGAGCAGAAAGAGGAUUUGCGCAAGCGCCUGUCCUACACCAGCCACAAGCUGGAUCGGCUAGAGACCGAGUUUGACUCCACACGCCAGUACCUGGAGACGGAGCUGCGGCGGGCUCAGGAGGAGCUUGAGAAGUUUAUUGACAAACUGCGCCGCAUACAGAGCAGCUAUGCAGCACUGCAGAGGAUUAACCAGGAUCUGGAGGAUAAAAUACAGAGAACGUCUCAGCACCAUGAUGACGAGAAAAGAGCCCUCAGUCGCGAGAUCGUCAUCCUCAACAACCAUCUCAUGGAGGCUAAGAUGACCAUCCAAAAGCUCCGUGAGGACAAUGACCUGUACAGGAAGGACUGUAACCUGGCUGCACAGCUGCUGCAAUGCAACAAGUCUCACUACCGAGCCCACGAGCUUUCGGAGCUCCCUGCAGAGUUCCAAGAGCGUGUCAACUUGCAGAUGGAGGCGUCCCCCCUCCGCCACUCACCCUACUCCGACUCGGUGCCCACCUCCGUCAUCGCUAAAGUGCUGGAGAAGCCAGAACCCGGCGUGGCCUCCAGGGCUGCCAGCCCCAUGCCCCCCAUGCCCCCCGAGCUGCCCCGCCUGCCCGGCAGCCCGGUGAGCAGUGAGCGCCUCACCCUGCGCAUGGUCUACAGGUCGGACGUGUAUAGCAGCGACACAGCGCUCUACUGCUCCGAUGAGCAUGAGCACCAGGAGCUCUGCCAGAGCAUGGAGCUGCACGAGCACCAGGAGCUCUGCCAGAGCAUGGAGCUGCACGAGCGGGAGUCCAGCCCCUUCCAGGCCCACAACUCCACCGACAGCAACCCUGAGGAGGAGGCUCUCCUCCACUCCAGCUUUUCCCAGGAGCCAUUUCUGGAGUUUGCCGGCUCGCUGCCGCCGUCCAGCUCCUACUCCAGUUUCAGUGGUGCUUCGGACGAGAAGCCCCGCCCCCCCAGCAGCAACCUGUCCUCCCCCCAGCAGGCCGCAUACAUGGAAUGGCGGGAUGGCGACUAUGAGCACAAGAGCAACUCGUCCUACGAGAAGGACAGCCCCGGCUUUACUGAGUCGCACAGUUUCCAGCAGGUGGCUCACGCUUACCAGAACAGCAGCUCACCGGCGACGGUGCCGGACUCCCCGCUGCACAUGCGUGCUGCCUCUGCCUGCUUCGGCGAGCCCUUUCCCGCUCGCCGCAUCCCAUCCUCCUACAGCGUGGGCUCUUACAGGCGGUAUCGGGAUCCCCGUGGCACUACUCAUGACCCCAGUGAUGAGCUGGGUGUCCGCUGGAGGCAGCUGAGUGUGGAGGACCUGAACGCCUACUCCUAUGCCAGCACCGGGCGCGUUUCGCCUUACAGUUUCUCAGAACAGCACUACGUGGUGCGACCCGGGAAGGUGAAGCUGGGCCCCCUCUACAGCAGUCUGCAAGAGAGCGGCAACGUCUACAGCAACGUGCCAGAACCCGAGCCGGCUGCCUCCAGCCCGAGUCCGGAGCACGACCCCACCCUGUCUGAGCAGGAGCACCUGUACCUCGUCAAGGAAGAUGACCUUUUCGACUCAGGAAGCCCCAAGGACGAGGAGAACAUGGCAGGCAGCAUGAAGGAGUAUGUACACAUCAGUCCCAACAGCUCCAACGAGUCCCUAAACCCGAGGGCGCUGGAGGUUCGCGAGCUGCAGCCCUACCCGGUGGAGAGGCAGAGCCCGGCCCUGCUCAGCCAGUCUCUGCCACAGUAUCAGCAGUUCGGAAGCCUGGGACUCUCCAGGAAAGACAGCCUGACCAAGGCCCAGCUGUAUGGGACACUGAUGAACUGAAAGCCUGCUUCCCUGGGCUCUGCUGUCAUGCGUCUCUUCUGCUCUGAACUUUGGGUCCAGUAGUAGGUGAGCUGACUGAGCAUCCCAGCUGAUUACUGCAGGGAUUCUGUAAGUGACAGGAAAUGUUUUAGUUUAAAUGCCAUUAAAAGUUAUAGAACAAUAUUUAUCAAUACAGAGAAGAACUAUACCUUUUUAAACAUUUUACUGAAUUGCAGAAAUGCAACUUUAUAGAGAGCUCAGUGAGGCACUAUCAGUAUUGGAAUUAGUUUUCUAGAUUUCACUCAUUCAUUCUUCUAAUUUAAAUUAUGUUAUAUUGACCCAGGUCAUUUCAAUAUAUUAGUUAUGGUAAAUCUAUACUUACCUAUUCAUUUCAAAAGCAAUAUACAUCGGUGCACCUCUAUAACUAUGGUAAUGGUAAAUGAGCUACAAUACACUACAUCUACACUACACUACAAUACAUCUGGCAUGACUUUACAAAUCAUUCAAAUUCUUCAGCUUGGUUUUUACUAUCGUACAUUUUUUGAUGUACUUAAUUUGAAGCAGAUUGUUAGAAAGUUAAAUAUUAUUUUCCAUGUUCAGUUAUUGUUAUUCUUUUUCAUUUUUACAUAUGACCUAAAGAUGGAUUUAUUUGAUGUUAAAAUGCACAUCAGUGGCCUUGGAUCUAUGUAAGACCUGAAGGGACCAGUUUUGCCAAAAUGGCAAAGGACCCUCUAAGGGGAUAUUUGCAGCUUGGUUUGUCUGGGAUGACAGAACAUUCAGACUGUUCCUGGUUCUUCUCUUUAGAAUGAUCUUAUAUGGGCUACUCUAAUCUCAAAUUAUUGAAAAUAGAGAAUCCCCCUAUUCAUUUUCUAACAAUAAAUUACCACCUUGAGAGAUUUGUUUUUUAAUGGCUUUGAGAGAUCUAUUUGUUAGCCAACUAAUAAAUAGUGACAUUUCUGAGUGCUUUUUUUCUCACGGUGCGUUUAGCCAGGCAGUCAGGGGCAGUUACAGCCCGCAUUGGGUGGCCUGAGAGCAGAGAAGCAUAUUCUGUUGUUGUAUAAUGAAAUAACAGUUCUGGUUUUGUACACUAGCACAGUGUGUGUGCGGCUGUUUUGAUGCUCUUUGGUCUGACCCGAGCCCCCCUCCCCAUCACCCCACUCUGCCUCAGGUUUCACCCCGUAUCCCUUUGGAACAUCCAGCACUGUUUACGUUGACUUUUCUCAGCAUGUUUAUACAUUUUUACAGUGUUUCUUUGCUAAUAAAGAGUGAUGGCAGACCGUACAUUUACAGACCCUCUGAAAUUACUAAUGCGUUUGCUAAACAUCAUUUGGAAAGAAUACUUGAACAUGCUUCAUUUUGGAAAACAGGAUCACUCGAUGUGCACUUGAUCAAAGAUGCUUUUUGAGGGAUACAGUCAGACCUGAAGAAUCAACAUGAAGCAUGUGUGUCACCUUCCUGCAGUCCUUCAGACAUACAUAAACUUCCAUUGGAUUUCGUAUUAUGACCAGGAUGAAUGCAAAAAGUGACCUUGACAUUGAACAUAGUGUAAUUGUAAAUAAUCAAAGUGCACUGAAAUGCCACUAGAUUAAAAAAGUUCAUGUUGUGUCUAAUGAAUUUUAUGGUAACACUUUACUUGACGGGGCACAAAUGAUGUAGUAUUAUACUUUUACUUACAUAUUAAUUAACCACAAACUAAGUAUUAGUUACAUACUAAUCUCAUGUUAAUUCAUCAUUAAUUGUGACGCAUAUUUUCUCAGUUUCUAUAUUUGUAAGUAUAUCUGUUAAUUAUGCAAACCAUUGUGAACUACUGAAGGAAGUACUGAAGGAACAAGUCAUGAAUAAAACAAAUGAAAUACUGAUCUCAUGUUUGUUCAUCAUUAAUGAAUGGUGAUGCUUCUUUUAUCUCAAGUAGCAAGUAUAUUAAUACUUCAGUAAUAAUUUGUACUUCAGUAGUAACUGAGUUAUUACUAAGUAUCUAUACCCUGUCAAGUAUAGUGUCACCAAUUUUAUUAUUCUGCUGGUAUUGGUUUUGUAAAGUCACGGGGAAAAAAUGUGUAAAUAAAGACUGACCUGCAACCUGA